UAGCAAGGCGGCUUUUUUUGAUGGGGAGGGGGGACGUCUGUCAUUGGCCUCUAAAGACCACUCUGGAAUAAACCACCAUUUUUCUCAGGGAGACAGUGUGAACUGUAGAGAGGGAGAGAGAACCAUGUCUUCGUUGGCCAUGUUCCUCAAGGAGCUUCCAGGAUGGUUCUUAUGGGGAGGAAUCUUUCUGCCGGUCGCCCUGCUCUUGCUGCUGCUCAUAGCUCAUCUGGAGUGGAAACUACAGGAAACAGAGGCAGAGCUGUCGGCGGCACCGCAUCCCAGAGACACGGCGUACCGCUUCUGCUACGGCACACGGCUGUCACCACGACGCCGGGCUGGGCAACGCAUGCACACUUGACGUACCACCGGAGGCGGGAGGACAGCGCCAGAAAGUGCUCUGGACCGUGAGGACUAGACAGAUCUUUGGGUGCAGUGGUGGUGAAUGUUCAUCACAAUGGCUCAGAUGACUUCUUGAGAGAGCAUGUUCAAAGCACCCAAAUGGGUAAAUUGUUGGCCUGAUCUAGAACUUCAGGUGAAGACUGUGACAAGACCCUGGGACUGGGAACACAAGGGUCCAUUAAACAUGGAAAGAGAAGGAUCCAAAUGGGUUUCGUAUAAUGUUCAAAAGCCAGUGGAUGUUAAAAGCAGCCUUGCAUGGCUCUGACUGUUACUCUGUUAAGCUUCCGGGAUGUGAGGCGGGGGCGAAGUGACUGCUGGGAGGCUGGAGGUGUUACAGGGUUCCAGAUCUGGAGGGUAAGAGUAAGCCUCUUACUGGACUUCCUCACUCCAGCUCAACAAACACUCUGCUACCAGCAAGCAGCGCAGACAAUGCCCUCGCGUCAAAGAGUGUUUGUGUGCUAACCUGAAUAACGACCAGAUUUGUAUGCAUGUUGGGAUGUGUGUGAUCUUGUGGGAGUAAGGGGUAAACAGAAUUUUAAGUCCCUAGAAUGGUUUGUUUGCGAGGAAAUGUGUAUGGAUUGACCUUUUAUAAAAGUUAUGAAUCUA